AUGAAAAGAGACACUAAAGCAGAUCAAACACAACGCUAUUCUCCAUCAGAAAGAUUUGAUUAUUUACAGAAACUUCUCCACGAAUUUAAUAUAACAAAUUCAAAGGAAGCGAAGAGACAGGUGUUGGCGAAUAUAUGCAGUUUCGCAUACAAUCCCAUCAAUUUCGAGGCACUCAACAAACUUAAUAUAACUACAACUCUAUUGGAUUCACUCAAUGUAAAGGAUGACAAACUUAUAGAGUAUGCCAUCAGUGGUCUAUGCAAUCUCUCGGCCGAUGUCAAGAAUAUUCAGAUAAUCAUUAAUAAUAACGGUUUCCAUAAAAUCUUGAAAUGUCUGUCAAAGAAUGUGUCGAACGAACGAAUCGUUAUAUCGAGUUUAACCUUGUUUAUAUUUGCCAAACAACUCAUCACCAAAGGUAGUCCAGAAGAGUUGUUUGACUCGUAA